CACCACAGCCCCCGCACCACACCUCCUCCUUUCCUCCUCCUUCCACUACACCUCUGAACCACUCAGAAUAAGAGCUCAUCGGAGACACAACCAAAUCACACGCGAAUCAACUGAUCAAAGCAGCCAGCUAGCCAUGGGCAAGGACUGCGGCAACCACGGCGACGACCACCUCCGGAACGGCUGCCGGCGCCUCCUGGCCGUGCUCCUGGUCCUGGCCUUCAUCGUCGCCAUAAUCACCCUCAUCGUCUACUUGGUGCUCCGCCCCACCCACCCGCGCUUUUUCCUCCAGGACGCCUCCCUCCGGCAGCUCAACCUCUCCAACUCCUCGGGCCUCCUUUCCACCUCCCUCCAGGUCACCGUAGCCUCCCGCAACCCCAACGACCGCGUCGGUGUCUACUACGACCGCCUCGACGUCUACGCCUCCUACAAGUACCAGCAGAUCACCGUCGCCGCCUCGCUCCCGGCGGUCUACCAGGGCCACGGCGACGUAGACGUAUGGUCACCAGUGCUCGACGGGCCCAACGUGCCCUUCGCGCCGUACCUCGCCAGCGCCAUCUCCCAGGACUGCCAGGCUGGCUACCUCAUCCUCCAGGUCAAGAUCGACGGCCGCGUCAGGUGGAAGGUCGGCAGCUGGAUCUCUGGCCACUACCACCUCUUCGUCACCUGCCCGGCCUUCCUCGUCACCAGCGGCGGCAACGGCGCACCAGGGGCUAGCGGGUUCAAGUUCCAGACGACCACUUACUGCCACGUAGAGGUCUAGUUUUAUCACAGCUAGCUCCGGCGGUCCAGUCGCCGGCGAGAGGUAGGUUUCUUCUUGGCUUGUAUACCAUAGUGACCGCAGAGGCACAGAUCGGUGGCAAUAAUUAUUACACUAUUAUAUGUGGGGUUAUAAGUGUAAAGCAGGGGUGCAUGGUUUACCAUUUACUUGCCAUUGAUAAUCAUGGGGCAAUGCACAUGAGUUGUUUCAUAACUGUAGUAGUACUGUACUACUAGAAUUUUGGAGUUCUGUUUGGUGGUUUGGUGUCAACAACCAGAUCCUAGGCAGCUCUCCCAUGGUCUGAGAUUUGGUGAAGCUUCGGAGAAAGUACAAAUGGGGACUAUGUGUUUGUGAUCCUAUGUCCAAGAACAAAAGGUAGUUGGAUAGUCCCUCUCACUCACAUGGAGUUUGAUCAUAUGAAACAUUGGGAACACAAAUGUUAGUUUGCGGAAACCGUUUUGUUUCUUUAAUCCCUAUAUGUGCCAAUUGCCAAUGAUACGCUGGCAUCCACAUGUGGAAGCAUAUGUUCUUGGUAAAAAAAUUGUUGUAUGAACUUUGACUUUGCAAUCAGUUACUAGUCAUCAGUAGUUUAACAGUCGAACAAUUACAGUCGGUAUGUAGGUUUACAUCAGGUUAUGGAACUGAAUUUACA